AUGUCUUGUAUAGCUGCAUCUAGACAGGAAUCCAGUACUAGUCAUGAAAGUAUGUCAGGAAAUGGAUUAAGUGCUACUAAUGUCUCAGAUGAACCUAGUGGGUAUUAUGGUGAGGAUUCUGGUUCAAAUUAUGGAAGAAGCAUAUCUAGUAGUUCCUACAGCAGAGCUUCAGAUGGGGGUAGCAUAAGAAACAUAGAAUGGUAUUCUCAUGGAAUCUCAAGAGCAAGCUCAUCAGAUGAACAAAAAGUAGGCACAGGGGAAAGUGGUGAUAGUGGCUCAAGAAGUUAUUAUUUUGGAGAGCAACAAUCAAGUGGGCCAAGAGGCAACACUGGAAGACAAUUGAGUGAUUAUUCAGAAAGUAAAUAUUCUGGUGUACAUUUAGAUGAUGAGCAAGCAGGGGGUCCUGUAAUAUAUUUAAAGGAUUUAGACUUAGAUGUAUAUUCAGCUGGGGGGCAAAGUGGAGGUAAUGGGGGAAGUUUUAGUGGUGUUUCAGGGAGUACUUAUUAUGGUCAAUCUUCAGCUUUUGGAAAGCAAGGAGGCUAUGGAGAUAUUGCUAAAAUGGGAACAGGGCUAUCUGAAAGAAGUCCAACUGCUGGGUACAGAGCUAGUUUUGAAGGAAGCUUUAGUGGUACCUCUGUAGGAGAUAUUCUCCUCCAUACUGGAGGAAAGGAAACUAUGCAAAAUCUAAACUCCAGAUUGGCAGCAUAUAUUGAUAAGGUGCGUGUUUUAGAAGCGGCAAAUGCUCAGCUAGAAUACAAUAUCAGGAAGUGGUAUGAUUCAAACAAAGUGGUGGUAAUAGACAAUAGCAAGUAUUUCCAAAUGAUUGAGGAUCUCAAAAACAAGAUUAUUGCUGCAAUUUUGGAUAAUAACAAAGUCAUUUUGCAUAUUGACAAUGCCAGGGUAGCUGCUGCUGACUUCAAAUUGAAGUAUGAAGCUGAAGUGGGCCUGCGCCAAGCAGCAGAUUAUGAUGUAAACGGGUUACGUAAGGAGCUUGAUGACUUAACUUUGACAAAGUCCAGUCUUGAAAUGAAGAUUGAAAGCCAGAGAGAGGAGCUGACUUAUCUCAAAAAAUCUCAUGAAGAGGAGCUUAAAGAGUUUUCAAAGGGACUCACUGGCAGCGUCACUGUUGAACUGGAUGCCGCACCAGGCAAUGAUAUGCUCAGCAUCCUAAAUGAAAUGAGAACCCAAUAUGAAAACCUGGCUGAAGAAAAUAGGAUAAAAGCAGGAGAAGAAUUCAACCGAAAGACCAGUGGACUUAACCAGGAGAUUCGUCGCCAUAGUGAGCAAGUGCAGUUGGGUAAAGAUGAAACCACCGAGCUGAGACGCAACUUGCAGAGUAUAGAGAUAGACCUGCAGACUCAGAUUGCCCUGAAAAAUGCCCUGGAAAACACGUUGGCAGAAACAGAAGGCCGCUAUUGUGUUCAGCUGAAUAAAAUUCAGGAUUUGAUACGUAACCUGGAAGAACAACUGUCCAAGCUCAGGUUUGAGAUGGAGGAUCAGAGUACAGAGUACAAACUGCUCAUGGAUAUCAAGACCCGGCUGGAAAAUGAGAUAGAAAUGUAUCGCCACCUGCUGGAGGGAGAAGGGUAA